CGUCUGGAGCCGCCGCCGCGAGAGCAUCCUCCGCCCGCGCAGCUCGCCCCUCCGCGUCGCCGCCUCCGCCGCCUCCGCCGCCGCCUCCGCCGAGGGAAGGGAACCGUAUCGUAUGUCCGCUAUCCAGAACCUCCAACCCUUCGACCCCUUUGCUGAUGCAAGUAAGGGUGAUGACCUGCUCCCUGCCGGCACUGAGGACUACAUCCAUAUAAGGAUCCAGCAGCGGAACGGCAGGAAGACCCUCACCACAGUCCAGGGCAUCGCGGAUGAUUACGAUAAAAAGAAACUGGUGAAAGCCUUCAAAAAGAAAUUUGCCUGCAAUGGUACUGUAAUUGAACACCCCGAAUAUGGAGAAGUGAUUCAGUUGCAGGGUGACCAGCGCAAGAACAUUUGCCAGUUCCUCGUAGAGAUUGGACUGGCUAAAGACGACCAGCUGAAAGUCCAUGGGUUUUAAGUGCCUGUGGGUCACUGAAGCUUUAUGCAAGAAGAUUUCCUUACCAUGAAAUUCCCAUCUGUCCCUUGUCAUAAGUUUAAAACCAGCCGGUUUGUGUAACGUAAUGAUCUCGGGUCCACUGUUCAGUCUGGACUAGUGUAAUUCUGUGAUGUAAUAAACUGACACGAGCCCCAUGCUA